AUGUCAGAACUGAAUUCACAAACAGUGCUUCAAUUGAAAGCACUCGCAAAACAUCUCGGAUUGAGAGGUUAUUCACGCUUGAGAAAAGCGGAACUCAUUGCGCAUAUUGAAGAGUUAACAAAGGAUGAUUACGAAGAAGUUGUGGUUAUUGAAGAGGAACCUAUCGUAGGUGGUUCAUUGCUUGAUGAUCCGAUUCCUGAACAUGAGAUACUAAAGGAGCAAAAAAUAAUGAAACCAACAAAGGCAACCAAGCUUAUAAAAAAGAAAAAAAAGAUUGAUAAGGUUGUUAAAUGGGGCAAAAAAAAGGUAGAGGAUUGGGGGAAAUGGUUGAAGGAGAUAGAAAGUGAUGAACCACGUGUUGUGGUUGAUGACGAGUUAAAAGAUUUCAAAGCACAUAUCGCCAAACUCUACAAAAGAGACGAGCAUCAUUUCAAUCUUGUCGAGAGAAAGUCAUUAAAGAAACAUAUUGGAAAAAUGUAUACGAUUGAUGGGGAAGAGGGUUAUGAUCCAAUAGACUUUUUUCAAGCUGUAAAACCGACCGUUAUCAAGUUUCUGUUAACACAGAAAAAUAUCAAGAUAGAGUUCGUUUUGAGGUGUAAUAUGGCAAAGACAAACAUUGAUACGGGUGAGACUGUGUUACUGUUUACAUAUUUUCAUUCUUACCAAGAGAUUAUCUUUCAAGAAACCGACCGAGAAGAGAUUUAUAACAGGAGUAUCGUUAAAAUGAUGGAGAACAUGGCAAAGUUUACAAGAAAUGGAAGUGGUUGGACUGUAGAUUCGAUUGCAGGAUUAGAUUUACAUACGAUAGAAUAUAAACCUUUAAAAGGUUCAAGCUAUAUCAAGCUAGAUUCAUGCCUUGCAAAAAAGAAGGCCAUUGUAAACAUGAAAAAUGAAGAUGAUGAAUGUUUCAAAUGGUGUGUUGCAAGAGCGUUGAAUCCUGUGAAAAAAGACCAAGAACGUAUCACAAAGAUUUUAAAAGAGCAGGCAAAGAAAUUGAAAUGGGAUGGAAUCAAGUUUCCGAUGGAGGUGAAAGAUAUUUACCGCUUUGAAACGUUGAAUCCAGGUAUCGCUGUCAACGUUUUCGGGUAUGAAAGAGGACUCUAUCCCAUAAGAGUGAGCAAUGUUGAGAAAGUCAAUACUCGCAUCCGCCUUCUUCUCAUCUCUGAAGAAGAGAAAAAGCAUUACUGCCUCAUCAAAUCUAUGAGUCGACUUAUAUCGAGUCAAUUGUCAAAAAAUGGACAUAAGAAGUUUAUCUGUGAUAGAUGUCUCAAUUAUUUCGGUUCACAGAAAGUUCUCGAUACACACGACGAGUUAUGUCGAGAUCAUGAGGCUGUGAGAGAAAAGAUGCCAAAACCUAAAACUUUUCUCUUCUUCAAAAACCAUCACAGAAAAAUAGACUUGCCGUUUGUCAUCUAUGCCGAUUUUGAAUCGAUCAUUAAACCUUUGAACUCUGCUCAACCGUUUCCUGAAAAGUGUUAUACUGAGAAAAAACAUCUACAUAUUCCGGUGAGUUUUUGCUACUACAUCAAAUGCUCGUUUGACGACCAAUAUUCGAAACUGGUCGAAUACAUAGCAAAGUCAGAAGACGAGGAUGUUGCACAGAUAUUUGUCAACAUGCUUGAAGAAGAGGUUCACAGAAUAUACAAAAAUCAUCCACCAAAAAAGAUGAUCUUUACAAAGAAUGAUGCUGAAAUCUUUGAAAAAGCAACGUGUUGUUGGAUCUGUGAAGAAGAAUUCGAGGAGGGAGAGGAAAAAGUUCGUGAUCAUUGUCAUUUUACAGGUAAAUUUCGACGAGCAGCACAUAACAGUUGCAACCUGUCAGCUCGACAACCAAAAUUCAUUCCUGUCAUCUUUCACAACUUGGCAAACUACGAUGCUCAUCUCUUCAUCCGAAAUCUUGGUGUUUCAGAAGGAGACAUUAAAUGUAUACCUAACAAUGAAGAAAAAUACAUCAGUUUUACCAAAAAGAUUAAAGUUGGCGAGUUUUUUGAUGAAACGAAAGGUCAUUUUGUUGAUGUUAAUAGAGAGUUGAGAUUCAUAGAUAGCUUCAAAUUCAUGGGUUCCAAGCUUGACGAUCUUGUCAAAAAUCUCGUCAAAGAAGAUAACACCUUGGUUAACACAGGAAAAUACCAUACUGGUGAGAAGCUUGAACUGUUGAAGAGAAAAGGUGAAUUUCCUUAUGAAUGGUUUGAUUCUAUCUACAAGCUUGAUGAGACUGAACUUCCACCCAUUGAAAAAUGGUUCUCUUCAUUGAGUGGUGAGGGUAUCUCUGAAGAAGGUUUUUGUCAUGCACAUAAAGUAAAGAAAACCUUUGGAAUGAAAACGUUCAGAGAUUAUCUCAAACUUUACAAUCAAAGUGAUGUUCUUUUGCUAGCCGAUGUUUUUGAAAACUUUCGAAAAGUUUGCAAAAAACACUACGAUCUCGAUCCUUGUUGGUACUUCACCUUACCGGGUUUGGCUUGGGAUGCUAUGCUCAAACUGACUAAAAGAAAGCUUGAGUUGUUGAGUGAUAUCAACAUGUUACACAUGUUUGAAAAAGGUAUCCGUGGUGGCACCAGUAUGAUUCCAACAAGAUAUUCGAAAGCUAACAACAAAUACAUGGGUGAAAAAUUUGAUCCUGCUCAACCUUCAAAGUUCAUCACAUAUCUCGAUGCAAACAACCUCUACGGUUGGGCGAUGAGUAAGAGCCUACCGACAGGUGGUUUUGAAUGGAUGGAUGAGAAAGACUUCAACGAGUGGGAAAAAUAUUCAUGCAUUCUUGAAGUUUAUUUGCUCCCCAUCAAAGAAGAACAGCUGGAUUAUUUUGAUCAUUAUCCACCGGCUCCUGAAAAUCGAAAGAUCAACAAAGUACCAAAGCUACUAUGUACCUUGAACGAAAAGAAAAAGUACAUUAUUCAUCAUGAAACAUUGAGGAUGUAUAAAUCUCUCAGAGUUGAGAUUGGAAAGAUCCACCGCGUCAUCAAGUUUGAAGAGAGCCCUUGGAUGAAACCAUACAUUGAUCUCAACACAUCUUUGAGAGCCAAGGCUGACAAUGAUUUUGAAAAAGACUUUUUCAAGUUAAUGAACAAUGCUGUUUACGGAAAAACCAUGGAAAACAUUCGAAAACGAGUCGAUGUGAGACUAACCAAUUCAGAACAUACGAUAAAGAGGUUAGCAAACAAGGUCAACUUUAAACAUUGCACCAUAUUCUCCGAGAAUCUCUGUGCGAUAGAAAUGAGAAAGACUAAAAUUACCUUUGACAAACCUCUCUAUCUCGGAAUGUGCAUUCUCGAUCUCAGCAAAAUAUUAAUGUACGACUUUCAUUACAAUUACAUCAAAGCCAAGUAUGGAGACAGAGCAAAGCUUCUCAUGACCGACACAGACAGUCUCUGCUAUGAGAUUCAGACCGACGACUUUUACCAAGAUAUAAAAUCAGACGUGCACAAUCUGUUCGAUACGAGCAACAUUCCGAAAGAUCAUCCGUCUGGAAUACCGAGUGGGGUAAACAAGAAAGUUAUUGGAAUGUUUAAAGAUGAGGCCGGUGGAAAAAUCAUUGAAGAGUUUGUUGGUCUGAGAGCGAAGCUUUACUGCUACAAAAUGUUUGAAGAUGGAAAAGAAGAAAAGAAAUGCAAAGGUGUGAAGAAAAACGUGGUAAAAAACACAAUUAAAAUGGAAAACUAUAAAAGAUGCUUAUUCGACGGAGAAAAACAGUAUAGAAAAAUCUAUACGUUACGAAGUCGAUUGCAUGAUAUCUAUACGGAAGAAAUAAACAAAGAAGCAAUGAAUAGAAAAGAUGACAAGCGAAUCAUUCUUCCGGAUAAAAUAAAUACAAUUGCACCCUUCCACCCUCUCGCAGAGUAA